GGGAAAGCUAAAUCUACCUGGCUACACCCUCAGGGCUAUGGAAAUCCAGUCUCCACAGACCAGGCAUAUCAAUGGCUCAGGAACAAUGUCAAUAAUGUCAACAAAUCCAACAAUACACAACUUCUCCCGGUAUGGAGACUGAAGCAAAGGUUUGCACUGGCCACAUUUUAUUAUUCAACACGGGGGGACAUGGGUAAAAAAUCAAGGCUGGCUGGAUUGGGAUUCCAAUGAAUGCAACUGGGCACAACUUCAUGAUGAUGAUGAUGACCCAAACCAAGCCAAUUAGUGUGAUGACAAUGGGCAGCUCCUCUCAUUGAAAUUUUGGUAUGCCAACAACUUGGACGGAACCAUGCCGUCAGAAAUAUCCCUGCUUCACGAGAGCUUGGAAGAACUUGCAAUAUCUUGGAGCUACCAGCUCAAAGGAAGCAUACCAACAGAGGUUGGGCUUAUGACAAGGCUGACACUCUUGUGGUUUACCACAACUCACUUGUCUGGCACACUACCAACAGAACUGGGUCCACUACGAAACUUGGAGAGACUAUGGAUCUCAGGUAGCGAAUUUGAUGGGACUCUACCUACUGAGCUGGGCAACCUAAACAACCUGACAGAACUUGUAUUUGAUAAAGCGAGGUUUUCUGGGUCAAUCCCCAGGGAGAUUCUUGGAUUGUCGAACCUGAAGACCUUGGGUUUCUUAGAGUGCCCUUUGUUGGAUACAGCAUCUUUCCUCUCUGAGGUGGUUGAAAACCUGCACAAUUUGGAGUCCCUGAGUCUACGCUAUCAAAAACCUGUGGGGUUCACAUCAAUCCCAUCUGAAAUUGGCAGGCUGACCAACCUGGUAAAUCUUGUUUUCACUGACUUUCAACUCAAUGGCACAAUUCCAAGUGAGAUGGGAUUGUUGACAAAGCUAAACUGUUUGAACUUGCAAAGGAACUCCAUCACUGGCACAUUACCAGAAGAGUUAUCAAAGAUGUCCCAGCUGAAAGUACUGCGCAUUAGUUCCAACCAAUUAGAAGGCAGACCACUAGAACAAGAUGUGUUCCCCCAACUCUCCCAGCUACAGAAGUUGCAUAUCAAUGACAAUCUUUUCUCAGGAUCUAUUGCAACAGGAAUUGGUUUGUGGUCUAGCCUCAAGAAGCUUGAACUGCAAAACACGAAAAUGUCUGGCUCUCUUUCGACGGAACUGCUUUUGUUGGACAAGUUGACCAGCUUGGUCAUGAUGAACACAUCCUUAUCUGGGAGCAUCCCGGAGGGAUUAUGUGGUGUCAUAGUCUCACCACAUGAAAUGAAAGUUUUUGGUGGGAAACACUAUGCUGUGCCAACAACCAACCUGUCAGUCUGCUAUGGAACCAAUCUUUGUGGCUGCAGUUGUGCUCCUUGCUCCUGAACUAACUAACCGACUCGACCGGACUCUAUUCUCUAGCUACCGGUAGUCUACUAGCUAGGUCCCUUGCACUGACUUGGAGCAGUUCCGUCCAGCUUUGCGAGACAAGUAUUUUCUCGCCUCCGGUAUGGAGACCUGUGUUGGUCCAACUGUUGGAGCAGCCGCUUCUUGCUCCUGGGUGAAACCAAUUAAGUGCGGGGCCCGCAGAUGGCCGUGCCUGAUAUUUGGAUUUUAGAAAGGGUCAACUGCAGGACGCAGCCAGGAAAAGUAAGCUACUACCUCAUCAUGCAUGCCUUCUGCUUCGUUAGCACGGUCAAAUUUCACAGAGACUAGUACAAGGUACAGAUGGGAGC